AUGCCACGUAAAAGCAAAAAAUGCAGACUCUUAAAACCGAUUCCACCCUCGAUUUCCAAGCUCACGCCUACUCUUGAAGAUAUGGAAGACUGGGACGCGAGCGAUCUGCUCAUGUACCUUCGAAAUCGCCACGAGAGUCUGAAAUUAGACGAGGACGAUUUGAAAACUGUUGAAAGGACAAGAAUGACAGGAGAUGCGUUUUUGAAGGUGCAUAUAGGAAAAUUGAGAGAAUUUGGGCUAGCUUAUGGGAGCGCGAAGAAAAUCGAAAAGGAAAUCGAGCGAUUACACGUGUUUAAUGGAAGUAGGGUGCGAACUGGUCUAAUCAAUAAGACAGGAUGGAUGGAAGCACCUCAAGGUAAACAGCAAGAUCUUGAGUAUUCUUAG